UGCUGAUCCUACCUUUCGGUCUGUAAACACCAGCUCACUCUCGCACAUUUCACUAGGGUAGGCCCUUGCGCAGACUGUAGCUGUUCAAAUGCAAAGACAAUCCGGCUCUUCGAAUCGCACACAAGCCCAUCGUCACAUAAGCUCUGUCGUCUCCCUUGUUAUGUUCCGGACGACGGCUGCUUUUAAGCGGGUCACUCGGUUGCUCGAUCCAGCUCAGAGACGCGAGACGGCCAGCUUGCUUCAAGGAAAAAGAGAUAACACGAAGCACACCACACAAUAGCGCCAGACACUUUCUUGUCCAGUGAGAAUGCAGCACACCAGGGUACGUAUAUUGCCUAACUCUAAGGGAGGGUACAGCUCGGUCGUCGACGCUGCGGCACGACCCCUAAAAGUCAGCAUGCGCCUCGUCUUCCCUCGACAGCAGUCUCUUCCAGUGGAAAAAUGCACACAAUCGGUUUUAAAUGAUUCCUACGUGUGUUCGCUGGCUCGUGUGUUUGUCAUGUCCUUCGAGUUCUUGAUGUAAAUAAAACAAUACAAGAGGUACGAAUGGCUGGAUAUCUGAGCCACAUAUGGGUCCUUUAAAAGGGUAGUUGCAGAGACAGAAAGUGUGGGGAAAAAUCCAACCGACACCUCGUGUACUUAUUUCAGUGGGACGACAAAUGAGUUCCGCAAGUAAAUGCAGCUACUUCUUCAUGCGCGUUAGCCGAAGUCACACACCAUUUGAACGGUCUCCCAGUUAUAUAUCCUCAGUCCCGUUAACACGUUAACAUUGCUUAAACCCGUGCACACGCGUCAGUUAUCCUCUGCUUUCAAUACUGAAGUUCUCGCGUAAUCCAAUCUGGAGACUAGAUAACCGUAGAUAGUCACCGGCCACCUGGUUGUUGCCACGAGUAUACUAUCAUUAUAGAUAACGUGGAGCGGAACCCGGGAGCUUCCCUGCACUCCUAAAGUUUCCAUUGGCUUCCCUUGCCUGUUCACAGAAAUUUGUGUCUCACUCUUUGGGCUCUGAGAUCCGGUGGAGCGGUCACUGACACAAAUGUUGUAAAUGCAGUUCGGAAGAAAAUCUGGACGCAACCUGGUAGCUUAACUGAUGCCUCCCUCAUUCUGCAAGAGUACGGUUAAGAUCCACGGUCACAAAGCUCGUACGCCCGGCCCACGACGGUUUUCUGUCUCAAACAAACUGUAUGUUUCCUGUUGCAAUGGGACAUCAUUUAACCGUCGCCCUUUGAUACACGGAAGAGGAGACUGUCACAUAGAGGCUGCUGCCCCCGUGGUAACCACAGGUGUGCGUAGUGUCACACGGUGUACAACAGCUGUUUGGUUGCUGCACUGCUUGGAGAAAUUCCCAGCACCCUGUGACACAUUGAAAAGCGGAAGGAUGUGCCUGACAGAAGGCCUGUAAUUGCAACAGUCCAAGCGCACCGAGUCUUUGAAUGCUGCACAGUAACUGUGCGAGGAGACUUGCGCUGCUCAUCGAAUUCGCGCGUUCGUUUUCAGGUGUGACCUGAACCCGAGUGUCAUACCAUGUACCCCACGACACUGGCUGAACUGACCAGUAAUAGCGACCAAUUUCGAUGAUGGAACUGACCUUCUUUUCCUCCUUGUCCCUCACACACAGAAAGUGAGACAGUCGAAGCGGCCACAAUUCACAGUUGCGUGUUUAGGGCCCCAGCACUAGUUCGUGCCGAAACUUGCCAGUGGCAUCGUCGCCGAUUUUAGGCCCUCCCCGCGGUUCUGAGUCCGUCCGCGUCUCAAAGAUGUUUGCGGGGUUACCCUCUCCACGUUUUGAAGGCCAACGUAGGGCACUGAUCCAACUCACAAAGCUUGCGCAAGGACGUAGAAUGCAAAUAGUGUUUUUUCCAGAGACGAGCGGUUGUUUUACGCGUGGACGUAAGCGACGGCCACGACUGGCUUGUAACUGCACAGUGCUUCCAAUAGAUUAACUGUAAUAUGGCAACCUUGCCGGGAGGAAGAAAUCGUUCAUGGCUCGACACUUUUUGAAUUUUUAAUUGCUCUCGCGUCAUUCGUUGACUGUGUGUACCGUGGAGAAUUAGAACAGAAUAUAAAAUCCGCACCCGGGGACUGUUACGUUCCAUGAUGCAGCUGAGUGUAUCGUGCCCAUUCUGUGUUGGAAGAGGAAAGUACAAACAGUUUUGAUGAGCUCGAUACAUACUUGGUUUUUUCGACUCUCUGACCGUUGAGUAUCAUCGCCUUUUGCUGGCAAGAAGGAAACGUUGUUGGUCUGGGUCGCUGUCAGUAUGAAGCCCUCAUCGCUUCGCAUUUUGCUCGUGGCCUGGACGAUCAUCUCAGAUGCAGAGUUGAAUCACUUCAGUAGUCAAGCUCCACUUAGCUGGCCAAGGUGUGUCGUCGUGUCCGCUGCUGACGACGCCCAACGUGACAGAGGCGACACAACGGCAGCUUCCUCUAGUAGAGAUGAAGAACUGGAGGCAGCAGGACCUGCCGACGAAGCGAAAAAAGCAGCUGGAGAGAACGCUAGAGAAUGUGCUGGGACUUGCAACGAGCCGCCGGACGGAUCUGUACAUGUGCGGUCCAGUGACGGCAGCGAAUAUUUGGAUGAGCAACCGGGUGACGGGGCCGGGCAAAUAGUAGAGCAGCCACGUUCUGAUGAAGCUGAAGGCAGCGAAUCGCAGGCCUCUGUUGGUGGGCGAUACUACGAACAGGAGGCUUCUGACGGCAAGCGCCACGACGAAGAGGAGCCUCCUGACAGACGUGGAUACGUUGAAAAGGCAGCUGUUUCAGAUGAUGGGGAUGCAGUGCGUCCUACAGUGGUAGAAGGUGAGGACCAAGAGCUCCUUCUGAAGCCCAUAGGAAAAGGGAAAGCUUGUGAGCGUGUUAUUGUCUCUAGGAUCCGCGAUGGGGGAGUGAAGCGCGGCAAGAAGAUGGGUUUUAAUGCCGUUGGGAUAAACAUGCCAAUGUGGAGCUGUUACGGGAUGAGCGUAUCCGAAGCUGGAAGUGGAUUCCCCAGGGACUGGAUGGCCUCUCUUUCAAGAAGAAACAUCCUGAACGUCGUUAACGAAGAAGCUCUACUUCGAAAGGCGAAGAAUCGAAUCGGGAUUGAGCUGGCUUGGGAGAGUGGGGAAGGUGGCGAAAAACCGUAUAUGAAGUGUGAAGAAGGUGGGCUGUACGUGCCGGUGAUUGUGACCAACGUAGAGGAUCAGGAACCCUACAGGGUCGAACUUUCUCCGACCAAGUUCUGGUCCGCGGCCUCAUCAAGAACGGGUCGUUUAUAUGUGAUACCAGAGCAGGAGGCAAGUGUCACAGAGGGUGACAAGGAGGACGAGAAGUCUGUGUACAUUAUUCCAAUGGAGGCAUUGGAAGGUCACGUGUUUUUGCCUCAUGGGUAUCUGAAAGGACAUUACUCGGAGAUGCCAAAUGAACUGAACCACGCCCGCGAGUUUGAGGUUAACAAACUUUCCGUAGACGAUUUCCUCACGCGUGGGCAGCGGGUAACGCUCGUCUGUACUGCACCUGGGGAGCCGGCACGGAUUGUUCCGACAGUUGACGCCGCACCACGAACCCUGCAGGUUUCCAGACGAAAAGACAAGCGGGAGGGAGAGAUCCGCGGUCAAACUCCGCCGAAGGAAAAUGCUGCGGCCGACGCCGCUAUACAAGAGGCAGAUGGCAAUAAGCUCUCACGAGACCGUGUCACACCACAGGGGCUCACAGAACAAGAGUCCAGAACGGUUGGAAAAACCGAGGAAACUGAUACUGCUGCCUCCCGUAGUGCAGAACUGACGGGUGCAACACGAGGACUGGUAUUGAUGUUUCUCACUGAGGAGGAUGGCCUGGGCUUCGAACUACCCUUACCGGUGCUCGUGGACAGAGUUCUUUUCAUGGUGAAACAGACUCAAGAAGCGGCACCUCUACACCUUCUUGCAUAUCUCACUGUGCGUCCGUGUAAACGACCGAUACACGACCCGAUAUUUGGACAAAGCUACGAACCCGUACAAGAAACUACUGUGAAGAACAGGAUGGGUGGCGGUGGGGAAGGUAGUGGUAAGGAGAGCGGUGGUUUUUUCGGCUUCUUCAAGCAACAGACUCAGAAGCCGAAGGACUUUGAGGCUCAAGAGUCUCGUGAAGACAUGAGCAAGCGGUGCAGGCCUAAGCGGGUCCUACCUGUCGAAUUGAUAGGCACAGAGGCUCUUCAGUCACCGACCCUGCUAAACGCAAUGUUGGAACAAAUAGAGAGUCGCCUGAAGUCGGACACCCAGUGCAUUGUUGCCGCGGCGCCGGCUACACCAAAAUCCGACUCUCCAAAUCGACCACGUCUUCGUGCGCGGUUGGUCUGCCCCUCACUUGAGCACCUCUUUAUCCUGUUAAGAGAGAAGGACGCAUCAGAUCGCGAAUACAACGCAUUCAAGAGAACCAAAAACAGGCAGAUGAUAAAGGGUGCUGUGGUGGGACUUUUCGGCUUGUUCUUAGCUUAUCGGGGGUUAGUUGGUCUCACACGGAAUCCGAUGAUGGCGAGAGAAUUAUUUGCCCACGUAAUAGGCAGAGAACAUGUUGGAAAUCAACCGUAUCACUUCUUUCCGUCAGAACGACAGCUGUACAGAUUCGUUGGAUUGCGUAGUUUGGGACGGGCUUUGCAAUUUCGGCGGUACAAUGAGGCGAUGGGGAACGCUGGUGUGAGGGCACAAGUCGGAAUCAGUUUGUGGACAGUCUCUUUGCUGGCGUUGACAGCCCUUCUCGCGAUACGGUUGGGUAGAGGUACCAGACACUUUGUUAGAAAUCGGAAACGGGUGUCCAACAUAAAGGGGGAAUUACAACGACGUCCAAUUAUUCAUGAAGAGCAAGCUCCCGUGCCCGAGCUGGAGGAAGCGGAAGACGAGUGUUCCACCGUGGACGUAACUUAUCUCAGUUUUUUGUAUUGAUUGGUGAACGCGAUGUUGCUGAGGACUGCCAACACUGGCGCGAUUCGCAGUCGCUCAAGACCCCGACGUAUUUACGGGAACGUCCGCCCGAACGCGAAAGUGAGAUCGUUUUUCUUUUGUCGUGGCCUGAGGUGUGCGUUUCAGUCUCUGUGCCAUCAGUGCCCGUUUUCCUUUCUGGUUGUCCGUAGAUAGAGGCAGGAUGCAAUGAUGCCGUUGCAUAUUCCGUGGUCAGUGUUUUUUGUUGGCCUCACCACCACAGGCAGCUGUUGAACAUACCAGGCGGAUCUCCAAAUAAAGCCCUGCAGUGUCCCCUCGGCCGAAUCCUAAAGCCCUGAAACCUUUCAUUUCACACGGUGCAACGCAUGCAAUACCUAUCAUACACCAACUGAAGUUAGACUCCUUGUCACUAAAAAGCCAUGCUUCCCAGGUUCUUAUAAAUGACCUCUUGCUCGGC